GAAAGACUCGGUUCUUAAUCUUCUCAUCUCGUUGCCAACUCAUGGCUGUCUCGAAGACGAACCCGACCUCCAUCAGGCGGCAUGCAGCUGGCCGGACUCCGCCAGGCGUGCCAUGCAGCUCGGCUAUUGGAACAGGGCUGCGAGCUCCAAUUCCAUGUGAGACAACACGAGGUCUUGGCCAAGCCAGAGCGGCAUUUGGGCAGUGGCAGCUAUGCCAGCGUUUGGGAGCUGCGGUUGAGGUGCGCGUCCGGAGCGGUGCCGCGGCGAGCGGUGCUGAAGCACUUCCCGCCGGUGGACGCGGCGGUGGCCGCCUUCUUCGGGCAACAGCUCUUAGGACAACAUCGUGAACAAUGGCAGAAGGAACGGGCCAUGGAGAAGGCCAUGGAGAAGGCCAUGGAGAAGCUGUCUCCCCAUCCGGCCUCUCACAGCACUGAUUCAGCACGGGUUUCAGCCCAGAGCAAACCAAGCCUUUUGCCACGCCCAAAGCUUGACCCACAGCAACCGUCUCCUGGUCUUGACCCACAGCCCAAUCCCAAUCCGCAGGGCGCAGUAGCUGGUUUUUUGGAUCUUGGAACUUGGUGUCGGCGCCCCAAGAGAUAUCUGGGUCUGUUGAUCCUUUUGCGGAAAGCAACCGAGUGUGGUGACCGAGCCGAGGCCAUCGGCGAACGCCUCAGCCACGUGGCAGCGCGCGCGGACACCGCCGCGGAAUUCCGCGGCCGGCGGCACGUGGCGGCGCUGCUGGCGGCGGAACCGCGCUUCGUUGGGGUGGCGCCGGAGGCGCCGGCGAAUCAGGAAUUGAUGCUGAUCCUGGAGCACGCAGGCGAUCCUUUGGAGCAGCGGUGGCAGGAGGAACGGAGUGCCAUUCGUCCGCGGUCGACCUGUCCAGUGGAGCGUAGUGCCAUCGUGGAGCAGCUGCUGGAGGGAGUAGAGCUUUUGGGGCUGUGUGGCGUGGUGCAUGCAGAUAUCUCUGCGAGCAACUGCUGCAUUGACGAUGCCGGUGUGGUACGCUUGGUGGACUUUGGCAACGCGGUGCUUCUAGAGGCAGCGCGGCAAGCCAGCGGAAAGCUGGAGCGGUUGCGUUCGCGCUACGUGCACCAUCCACGGUUCCCCUGCAGCGAGCGCUACGCGUACCCACAGACGUUGCAUCGACUGAUUGAGAAGAUUGAGCAGCCGCGGAACAUUGACGUCUAUUCAGCUUGCUAUGACUGCGAGGCCUUCUGUGGGAACCUCGCUGCGACCCCACCGGAAGUCCUGCGUGGACUGCUGACGGCGGGCGCCAGCGACGUUUAUGGUGUGGGGAUCCUCUACUGGUGGCUCUUAACGGGCGAGGAGACGCCCUUCGAGAUCCACGUGGAUGGGGACCGCAUUUCCUUCCCAGGCUGGCGGCGCUUCUAUGCACUCAGCCCACAGCAGCAGAUGGAGGAGCUGCACGGUCGCUUGAGGGCGGCGAAGCCGGAGGACACCUCCGAGGCGGAGAGGUCGGCCAGGUGGCUGUGCAGCGCAUUGGCCGAAGCGCCGGAGGACCGCGCCAGCGCGGCGCAGGGCCUCGCGGGGGAGAUGAAAAGGGGGCGGACGCACGCGGGGCGGACGCAGGUUAGGCCACCGAGCGGUGGCCUCUUCGGAUCCGGCUUGCGGUUUGGUCACUUGCCUGAGUUCAUGCUAGGUCACGAGAUCGACUGGGCCAAGGCGCCCGGAUUGAGCCAUCGACUCUCUGCUGCUGAGAACAGCCAACGAGCACGGAUGUCGUUAGGACUUGGGGAUCCGGCGCAGUCUCUUUGGGCAUAUCGCACUAUCAGCUCCCCAGCCGUCGCCGAGCUGUGUGUGGCGCCACUGGGCGGCAGGGCAUCGGACGAUGGCACGGAUGGGGGGAGGUGGAUGGUGAAUGGUGCCAGAUCCAAUGAUGUUGCGUUCUGGGUACCAUCCACCUCCCAUCCAGAUGAGGUGGAGCGCGAGGUCGUGGACCGCGCGCCGGGGAUGCCUCCACUGGAAGAGGUCGAAGAGGACGCGGCGUCCCGCGGCCGUCCGCGCGUGUCCGAUCUCUCCGUGGGUGUCGGCGGCGAGGAGAAGGUCCUGCCAAAGCUGCCGCCGCCCAUGGGCCGACUGGCCUACUCCAUGUCCGCCGACCAACCCUUAAGGGGCGUCCCCAUCCGCGAGGGCGACCUGUGGCACCUCUCCACGGAGGAGAGAGAGACCGCGCGCGCGGUGGACGCGGGGAGCUUCGGUGCGGAGAAGGUGGACCAAGUGAGGGUCUUUCUCCACGUGAACGGCUUCCGCUUCUUCGCCGACGGCCAGGAGGUGGGAGUCUUGACGAGCCGUCGUGGGCGGCGGAAGACGUGGACUCGAAACGAGAGCACACAAGCGGGCAUGAACUUUUCGGAGUUCAAGAUCUUCAAGAUCUCGCUCUUCGCGCAGGGCGCCUGUUACUACUUCGGCCUGCGCGGCAGCUGCGAGCGCGACGCGGAGGAGGAGCGCUCGCGCUGGGUCCUGGACGUGUCCCGCAUCACGCGCCUGGUGACGCAGUCGCUCUUCCCGCCGUUUCGGAUCACCUGCGAGCCUCGGCUCGUGGCAGGGGGGCAGGAUCCGAUUCCGUGCUCGGCGGACUUGCACGAGCUGACGAAAGGGCGGUUGAUGGCGGGAUACCUGGUACACUACGAUGAUUGCUUUACUGCCUCGGUCCUCUACUGUGAGCUGCACGUGAACAGGAUGGAUGUGGAUGGUGGGUUUUGCCGGCGCUGGCAAGACCAUGCCCGAUUCAUUUUCUAUGAAGAUGAGACCUGUGCACAUCAGCUGAGUGAGAUGUAUGUGACUGAGCGGUCCAUUUGCUGCGAGAAGAUUGGCAUCAAUUGCAGCUGCUUCAGCGUGGAGGAGCAUCAGUUCUCCGCGCGCAGCCUGGCCGAGCGGAAGUUGUGGCUCCGCGCCAUCUCCAACCUCAAGGUGAAGUUGCAGAAUGGUGCUCCGCCGCCCAGUGAACAAGAGGUGUGCCACUACAGGGCGGCCAUCAAGGAGAGCACGGUGGGUAGGGGUUGCAACCUAUAG